UGACUCCUGUGCUGAUUAGGCCGGCUGUGUGGGGUAUCAGACAGUCCUACACCUGCUGAGUUCACACCGUGUUUAGAGAGAGCUGGAAAUACUAACUGAAUGAGACCUAAAAAUGCUCUCAAAUUCGAACAUACUACCUAAACUCUACCUAUCCAUCAUCGACGAUGUGAUCGAGAACGUCCGAGAGAUGUUCAUCGAUGAAGGGGUGGAAGAGAGAGUGCUUGAUGAACUCAGGCAGCUCUGGGAAUCGAAGGUCCUGCAGUCGAAAGCGGUGGAAGGCUUCGCUAAAGAGAACAUCAAUCCAUCCAACUUUGUUCUCCAGCUUCCGGCAAAUUAUUCCCAAACCCUGCAGAAAUCCACAGCUUCUGGUGUUCUUCCCGUCAGGCAGCAGAGUUUCACAGGGAAAGCUAGCAACCCUGGCACCAUCGCGACGUUUUCCCUGCCACCUGGAGUCACCUACCCUGUUCAGAUCCCCGCAGGUGUGACCCUGCAGACCGCCUCAGGCCACUUCUACAAAGUGAACGUUCCUGUGAUGGUCACUCGGGCUCCUGGGUGCCAUCGCAUGCCUCCUCAAGCCGCCCAACCCCAUGUGGAGCAGAUGCCCUCUGCUAUCAUUCAGAACCUCCCUGCCUCACAGGUGCCACCACCACCACCUCCUCCUCCUCCUCCUCCUCUCUGUCCCCAAGCCGUUCCGGCAUCUCAAUCCCUCAAACAGCACCAGGAGCUCCAGCCUUCUCAGAUCCCGCCGGAUCCUCCUAGUCAGGACCAGGAGACUCCUGUCAAACCCCAGCUUUCAGAGUCACCCCCAGGAAAUCUGGAUGAUUUCACGCUGGAUGGAAUCGACUUCAGCCCGCAGUUGCUCGGCUCAAGCACACCGUCGUGUCUCUCGGCGGAGCAGAUGGUGGAGAGGGCCGUCAGAGCGGCAGCAGAAACCGGGCUCAAUGCCGAGGACACGCUGAGUCGCUUCCUCCCCGAUUUGGAAAGGACACCCGAUGGUGCACUUAAGUUGGACAUGGACCUCCUGAGAGACUUCAACUUCAACGAGUUAACCGACAUCCCACAGCUGGACGGGCUGUGUGACAGCAGCUCGGAAGCGGGAGACGAUCCGGAAGAGGAAAGAGAGGGACGAGGACCCGUCGAGGAAAACGAGUUCCUGGGCAUGAUCAAUGCCGAGGCUCUGCAGGCGCUCCAGGGGGUUGGAGGAAGCAGUGAUGGGAACAGCAGCUCCAGCAGUGAUGGGGAUGGACCUGAGCUGGAGGAGGAAGAAGAGGAAGAGGACCCAUUGAACUCCGGCGAUGAUGUAAGCGAGCAGGACAUACCCGAGAUCUUCGAUACCGAGAACGUUAUCGUGUGUCAGUAUGAUAAAAUCCAUCGCAGUAAAAACAGGUGGAAGUUUUACCUGAAAGAUGGCGUGAUGUGCUACGGCGGUAAGGACUAUGUUUUCUCCAAAGCUGUUGGAGAGGCCGAGUGGUGAUGUGGGGAGAAACAGCAGGAGACAAAACCCCUUAUAUAAUGCUAUUUAAACUCAUUUUUUGCUUAUUCAUGCAUUUAUUUCUUCUGUUUGCUAUGCAGAGUCUCAAAGAAAAUCUGACACAUAAUACAUAUUUUUUCUAAUGUAUAUUGUGUAUAUAUUUUUUGGGGAAAUUUGAAAUGAUUUAAUUUUUUACCUAAUUAUUUCAUGCCUAUUUAUUAGUGCACCCUCGAUUACAGGCUGCAUAAAAUAUUUGUGGCAAUAUCUUUCUUUAAAUAAUCGAGAAGUUCGAAAUCGGUUGAUAACUGGUUAUUGUUUUUGCUUUGUGUAACUAAAUAAAAUACACAGCAGGGAAAACCCAA